GAGGCACGAGACCAACAGUCAAGCAAACUGAUCUCCAUCUGGCAGACGAGUGUGGCAGAAUUGAAGAGAGAUCUGCAGGAGUUGGAAUCCCACACAGCGCAAGUAGAAACCAAAAUGGAGGAACUGGGGGAUGCUCACAGCACGACCACCAACCACAUCCAGCAUCUUACUGCACAACUUGCGCAAUGUGAAUCUGAAAUCAUGGAUCUCGAAGACAG